AUGAAAGUGAUGGAAAGCGAGUGGAAGAUCGUCAAGCCAAAGGACAAAGAGCUAAGAUUCUACUUAAUAUGGAGGUGGGCAAAAGAGGGUUAUUAUUGGGACCCUGAGACUGGGGUAGCUAUUGAACGAAGCUUGGAGACUGGUGAUUGCGAUCGAGGCAUGAGCUGUCUCACAAUUGAUGAUUCGAAAGGAGACCGACGACUACAACAAGUUCGUAUCUCUGAUUCGAAGACUAAAGAAGUCUGCUAUCUGGAGGAGCUACCAGUUCCUCUUGGCCGUGUUAUGAAAGGAACGGCUGAAGGGGAGCCCGUUGCAACCAUAUCAGAUAUUGCUACUGAUGGUUCACCUGUGAAAUAUAUCUAA